AUGUAUAAUGCAGAGAAGCGGGGGAAGCGUCAGGUCAUGAUAAGACCAUCAUCUAAAGUUAUUAUCAAGUUUCUCUUGGUGAUGCAAAAGCACGGAUAUAUUGGGGAGUUUGAGUAUGUUGAUGAUCACCGGUCUGGCAAAAUUGUGGUCGAACUGAAUGGAAGGCUGAACAAAUGUGGUGUGAUCAGCCCCCGUUUUGAUGUUGGUGUGAAGGAAAUUGAGGGAUGGACUGCAAGAUUGCUUCCUUCUAGACAGUUUGGAUACAUUGUGCUGACCACAUCUGCGGUAUUGAAAAAUCUUUGCUCAUCAGUUGAGGUUGAUGUAAGAACUAUGCAAAGUUGUGCUAUAACAAUGUCCUAA